UUGGCUGAACCAAGACUAUUUCUGGGUCCCGAUUGGCUGACGUGUUACCACAGGGGCAAGGCCUCAAUGCUCUGACCCGUAGCCUAGGUCUGAAGGCACACAAAGCCGAGGAACAGAGCCACGGGGGCUGGGGAGGCAGCAGUAGGUGCCGCAAUGAAACGAAGAAAAUCAAGUGGAGUUUCCGGACUAAGCUCUGUUGUGGGAUUGGGCUUCAGCCCAAACUCCGAGGAGCUGCUGGAUGCGGCCCGGGGCCUGAACCAGCAAGCAGAACUGAAUUUGGAGAUGGAGAAAGAGCUAAAUCAAGAGCUACAUCCGGAACCUGGGGGAGAAAGCAAAGAGGAGGAGCUGGGCGCCACCCUGUUGCCGCCGCCACUUCCUCCGCCCCGGAUCUGCUUGUGGAAAUACCUGGAUGUACAUUUCAUGUACCUACUGGAGAAAACCACCACCUUGGAAGAGAUGCAGGAGUUGCUGGCAGAACUGCUAGGCCUGGGGAAGGCUGACAGGAGCCCUAGGGAGGCAGUGAUACUGGAUAUGUUUUGCCACACCUUGAUCUUCUGCCGGCAACAGCACUUCUCUCAGGAGCAGACCUCGGCUGCUUGUGCUCUGCUUCAGGACCUCCACAAGGCCUGUAUUGCAACCCCCUUGGGCAACGUGGAAGAAUGUUUCCAAUUUUUCACCAACCUCCUCUUCUGCCAUGGAGUCAGGCGGCCCCCCUUCAGCGUUGACCUAUUUGGGGAAGAACAACUGCUGAGCCUAUCAGAUUAUAUCAUCAACACCUACUUCCGUCAUUUUAAGCUCUACAAGUAUGUCUUCACUCCCCAGGUGCGGUUAGACUUGUCUUUGAGAUAUGUAGGUCUGCCUGAAGUAAAGCCCCCAGCAGAUGUACAAGGGGAAGAAAGGGUAGUGGAGACAGCAUCUCCUGUUCUAGAAGAGCCAGCACCAGAAAUCAAAACUGAGCAAGAACCAAGUCCGGGUGAUAUACUCCGAGAUUUCAUCUCAGCCCAGCUUACCCAGGAGCUGGGACAACUCAAGCAGUUGGUGGAGGAACGACUAAAGGCUGGUGAGGAGCAGCUCAAUAGCAGGCUGGCUGCCCUUGAGAAUCCUACCUUAGUCUCCAAGAGCAAAAACAAAGCCAAGUCACCCCUGGAGCAUUUACCCAAAUAAAAGCCUGGGCCAGAGAA